CCAAUAAAGAAAUACCUGAAGAAAUGCCAAAUGAACUUGAAGGUAGUGGUGAUAAUAGUGAAGAAGGAAUGCUAAAUGAACUUGAAAGUAGUGAUGAAAAUAAUUCUGAAGGUGGUGGUGAAGAAGAAAUAUUAAAUAUAUUUGAUGAUAAUGAAGGAAAUUUGUGGGAUGAUGAAGAAGAUACAUCAGAAAUAUUAACAGAAGAUGUUAGUCAACAAUUGAAAAAUUUAAAAACAGAAUUUGAAUUAAAAUACAGACAAAUACCAGCUAUUAAAUAUAAUAGAAAAUGCACAGUUUAUGAAUAUUUAAUGAAAACUGAAAUAAAUAACGUUAAGAAAAUAGUA